AUUUUUAGAUUUCACUAGACGCAACCGCACUGACAAGUGUCAAGCACGUCUAACCUCACAUUUUCAAAAUGUCUCACGUGGACUUAGGUUUCCCCCUGGAGUGUGAACCCUGGCGUCUCCAAAGCUACCACUUUCCCAGCAAAAUAGGGGGCAAGCCAGCCUGGCUGAUUCUAGGAGAUCUGCCCCCCCCAGAAGCCCUGCAAUGUGAUCUGUGCCACCACCCGCUCAUCUUCCUCUGCCAAAUCUACGCCCCGUUUGAAGAAUCUGAAGCCAAUUUCCACCGAACCAUCUUCAUUUUCAUUUGCAGAGACCCCAAGUGUUGCGUCCGCAACUCCAACUGUAAUAUCAAAGCCUUCAGGUGCUCGUUACCCCGCGAAAACAAAUUUUACUCGUUCGAGCCCCCUGAAGACAAAAAAGACGCGACUUUUUCGGUGGAAAAGUGGUCAAAGUUGUGUAGCGUUUGUGGGUGUUUGGGGUCCAAGGUUUGCGGUAGGUGUAAAGUGGUGAAUUAUUGUAGUCGGGAGCAUCAAAUGGUUGACUGGAAAGAAGGACAUAAAAGUGAAUGUGGGGUUGCAGGGGUAGAUAAAGAUCGAGUUUCGUUCAAGUUGUUUCCGCAGUUUGAAUUAGUGAUUGAAGGUGAACCGCACAAUGAACGAAACGUCGACGAAAAGGAAGAAAUGCGCAAAUUUGAAGAGAUGGAAAGUGGCGGGAAAAUUGGAACCAUGAGUGACGUCGCUGAGUGCGAUAUGGAACAGUACGCGAUUUGUGAUAGUGAUAAGGCUUUUACACGUUUCAAAGAACGGAUUGCUGAUAACAGCGACCAGGUUUUGAGGUAUGAACGUGGCGGGCAACCUUUGUGGAUUGCGAAUGAGCCUAAACCCGACUUUAUUCCUGAGUGUGAAUAUUGUAUGAGACCUCGACAAUAUGAAUUUCAAAUUAUGCCCCAAAUGUUAACCGCUUUGCAUGAAAAUGAACUAGAUUUUGGCGUCAUUGUUGUUUACAGCUGUACUGAUAGUUGUACGGAAGGAAUUGCGUAUAAAAAUGAGUUCGUUUUCAAACAAGAUGUUUCCACAAAUUGUUGAGUUCAGAGAUUAUAUAAAAAUAGUGACUGAGUCAAUAAAUAUUUCGGAUAAUGCAUUGUAGAGUUGAUAAUCGGGGCGAUAAGAUUUUUAUUUGUCGGGUGAAACGUCACCGUAGAAUGUGCACGUUAAUCUCCUUGUAAAGAUAAUUGUUUGUAAAUUUAAUUUUGUUGCAGAGAACAAAUAUUUAUGAUUUUAUAGGUCCUAAUAAAACGCAGGUUUACUCAAA